AGUUGUUUCUAUUUGUCGGAAUGGAAGACACUGAAUUUCGUUUUUUUAUAGAUUCCUUAUGCUACACUAUUUCCUGCCUUUAAUUAUUCUAUUUAUUUAUUUAUUCGUGUUCCAUUGAUCCAGUAGACAAAAGAAGUGUACGGGUAUGGAACGAGCCAAGUUUGAUAAUUUUUGUAAUAUAUAGGCUACUGUAAGGGACAUGCAUUGAAUUUGUAUUUGAUUAUUUUCAUAUUCAUAUGAUACGCACUUUGCGGUUGGUAGGACGAUUUAAUGUCCCGAACUUGCGUAACCUUGCCAACACAGAAAUCGAAACAUUACGGUAUCAUCACUGAUGGACGGAUCCGAUCUAUAAACGAAAAGACACAUUGCUUUCCAUGAUAAUAUGAACUCAUUAGAUAAUUUUGUAUAAAAUAGUGUCACGAAUUCGAAAUUUUCCAAGUACUUUUUACAUUCCAAGUAACUGUUUUAUUAUUCAGCUGAAAUAUACAGACAUUUUCUUUGCUUCUGUAGCUGGUUGCCAUUCCUGACUAUCAUUUGUGACAGUGCUCCCGGGAACAGUUCCAGCGAAAUUUAACACAAAUUAUCUGAUGGCUAAACAAAGACAUAACGCAUUUCGGCAACAUUGUUAUCUUAGCAAAAACGAAAUUUAAGUAACCCGCGUAUUCCGCAACGUACAGGCGCUUGAGGCAGGUCACCCGAAAUCGAUUCGCCGAGCGCUCACCUAGCGCCACCGACGCAGAGGAAAAAAACCCGAAGGUUCUGAAAAUAGCUAACCGUUGUGUGGUGCGCAAACUAGAUGUUGUCGUAGCUGGGGUGCAGUUGGACUUUCUUAAAUUUAACCAUGGGAUCUGUAGUUUUACGAACUGGACAGCGAAUGCCCUUGGUUGGCUUGGGAACGUGGCAGGCUGCUCCUGAAGAAGUUGAACGGGCUGUCGAGGCUGCUCUCGAAGCCGGCUACCGGCUUUUCGACACUGCAUUUAACUACAACAAUGAGGAAGCUAUUGGUAAUACGUUAAAACGAUGGAUAGAGGCCGGAAAAGUUAAAAGGGAAGACUUGUUUAUUGUGACUAAGCUGCCACACAUUGGUAAUCGUGCUAGUGAUGUACCAAAGUACCUUGAUAAAUCAUUGAAACGAUUGCAGCUGAGCUAUAUUGAUCUUUAUUUAGUGCAUAUGCCUUUUGGCUUUAUUCCUGAUGCUACUGGUGAUGUCCCUGCUAUAAAUGCAGAUGGAAGUUUUGUACUGGACCUUAAAACAGAUCAUAAUGCAGUAUGGAAGGCCAUGGAAGAACAAGUUGAUGCUGGUAAAACCAAAGCUAUAGGAAUAUCAAAUUUCAACAUCUCUCAGAUGGAACGUUUGAUUGUAAAUUCUCGUAUCCAUCCAGCUAAUCUUCAGGUGGAAAUGCACGCAUACUUGCAACAAAAAGAGUUAAGAAUAUUUUGUGAAACAAAUGGAAUUGUGGUCACAGCAUAUUCACCACUGGGAUCACCAGGAGCUAAGCAACAUUGGCAGAAGAAAUAUAAUUACAGCCCAGAAAAUUUUCCUGAUCUUCUGGGUCACCCAGCAGUGCAGCAAAUAGCAGAUGCACAUGAAAGGACACCUGCCCAGGUUCUCUUGAGGCACCUUGUGCAACAACACAUAGUUGUCAUACCAAAGAGUACCAGUCCAGAGCGAAUAAAGCAGAACUUUAAGAUAUUCGAUUUUGAGUUAACACCAGAAGAGAUGGAAAUAUUAAACAACUUGGACCAUGGAGAACAAGGACGUAUUUUGGAUUUUGGCUUCUUCAAAGGGGUUGAAAACCAUCCUGAGUAUCCCUUCAAGGGAACAAAGAAAGAUACUCAUAAUGCUGUCAACAAUGUUUUCUCAUCAGAAGAAAAACAGGUGGCUAAGCCACUUAAUGCCCUCUGUGUGCAAAAUGUUUGAGAAAUUUAGUACAACUCAUCACAGUGGAUCAUAACAGGACAGGCAUUCGAGAACACUCUCUCAGGGUAUUUAUAUGAUUAGAUAAAUCAAGAAAUAUAUAGAUGGCAUAAAAAUUGUUGAGAAAUGAAUGAGAUAUAAAUGAUUCUUCUGAUGCAUUAAAUAAAUGUACAGAAAUUA